AUGUUCAAGUUUGUUUUAUUUGUAUUAUGUGCAUUACAUGCUGUAAAUAGUAAAAUAUCACUUUCAAGAUUCAAUGAUCCAAAAAUACUAGCAGCAUUUUCAACCUGUUCAACUUUACAUAAAUUGGAGAUAGGUGACCUUCUUGAAACUUUAGACAAAGGAGAUGGGGAUGAAAAUAUGAAGAAAUAUAACAUGUGUCUAUACAAAGCUGUAAAUGCUAUAGAUAGCAAUAAUAAAGUCAACAAAGAAGUGAUUACGCAGUAUCUGAAAAUAUUUUAUCCUGAUCACUUCCAACAAAUCUUAGAUAAAUGCGUUAAAGAUGUCAUUAGUAAUAUUGAAGAAGCGUAUCAAAUAAGUGCUUGUACGAGCACACUUGUAAAGAAUUAA